CAUCGACGAGCGUCGCCGGACGACAACGAGCGGCAGGUGUACUAAACAUAAAACAGAAAUUAAGAAAUCAAGUUAACUUAUUACUCAGACAGCUUCUGGGGAAGGCGCGUGCGUGCACUAUAAAGUUUUUCCAAGUAAAAUGCAAAUAUUAUUGUCAACAAAAUUUGAACACACUGCUGAGCAGUUGGAGAAAAUACAGCAACUGCGCGACUUAGUGGAAACCUCAAAUGAACUCGAGAUCGGCACCGAUGAUGUGUUUCUCUCGAAAUUCCUCAGUUUCGGCGGUUGGGAAGCAAAACGCGCCUAUGACGCAAUUAUUCGGUAUUAUGAUUUUAAGCAGCACAAUCCCGAUUGGCUGGCACAUCACCCGGUGCUUUAUUUUCGAGACCAUAUCUAUCAGACGCUCAGCAAAUACAUAAUGCCCAAGCCGGACAAGGAUGGGCGUGUGAUCUUUGUGUCGAAAACAGUCGAUGCCUUUAAGACAUUCCCCAAUUACAUCUACGAUAUUAUCGAAAUGGAUGAUUUGAUUCUCGAAUCUAUUUUACUUCUACCGCAGGCGCAGAAAUAUGGAAUCACAAUCAUAAGCGAUUUGAGUGGCACCAAUAAACGUUUUUUGCGAUUUGCCUCACCUGCCAUGGCCAAAAUGGUAAAUGCCAAAAAUGAUGUAAUGCCAUUCGUGUCACGCAUCGUUCAUGUCAUGCAGAGGGGCAUGAUUUUGAAUGCCACCACCAAUUUGAUGAUGUCCUUCGCCAGCAAAGAGUUCAAAGAACGAAUACACAUCCACGAUGGCAAGAAUUUCGAUAAGCUGCGCAAUAUGGUGGGUUACGAGAAUUUGCCUGCUGAGUAUGGCGGCCCAAAGGAAAAUGAACUGGACGUGAAUAUUUUGUACGAGCAUUUGUCGAGACACUCCGAAUAUCUUCUGAAACUCCAAAACUACAGAAAGAAAAGUUCCAAUUAAUUUUAAUUAGUUUUUAGUUAGCGAGAUUCCAUUAAAUUUAGAAAGUUUGUGUAACGAAUUAUUAUUUCAAUGAAAAUUAAAAUGUGCAUUUAUAUGUACAUAUGUAUGUGUGUAUGUAAAAAUAUCUGUAAAUGAAUGAAAAUGGUGAUAAAAAUAAAUAAAUACAU